GACAAAUGAAAGAGAGAAGCAGCCUACAACGGCUACCCAACAGCAUAAAGUUGACUCUACUUGACUGACUCUGAGCUUUGGCUUUGGAAUUAGCCUCCGCUUUGCUUACUGUGAUUUAAUGAAGAUGAAAUCUGGGCCGUUCCUUCCCUGCAAAUCUUUCCACGUGAUUUGUGGGAACCACUCCUCUCUCUCUCUCUUCAAGUCAUAGAACUCCUGUACUCCCCCCACAACUUUAAUCCACCCUUUAUUAACUUCACUUUACUUUCUUGAUUGGUCUUUUACGUUCCCAGUUCAACACUCAUUCUCUCUCUCCCUCUCAAUCUUAAUGCUCUUUAAGAUCCUUUAAGUGGGUUUUUGGUGGUUUUGUUUAAGAUUCUCUCCAUGGCUGUGCUAUUGCUUCUUUUGUUUUUGGUAACUUCUUCUGCUACAGCUGAUGAAGAUGCGUUCAUUGGCGUGAAUAUUGGAACAGACCUCUCAGAUAUGCCACACCCUACACAAGUAGCAGCCCUCCUCAAAGCCCAACAAAUUAGACAUGUUCGGCUAUAUGAUGCUGACCGUGGUAUGCUUGUUGCACUUGCAAAUACAGGAAUUCAAGUUGUUGUCUCUAUUCCCAAUGAACAGCUUCUUGGCAUUGGCCAAUCGAAUUCCACUGCAGCUAAUUGGGUUUCUCAGAAUAUUGUAGCUCAUUACCCUGCCACCAAUAUCACUGCCAUAUGUGUGGGCUCUGAGGUUUUUACUUCACUUCCUAAUGCAGCAAGAGUUCUUGUCAAUGCUCUCAAGUACAUUCAGUCAGCCCUUGUUGCAUCUAAUCUUGACCGCCAAAUCAAAGUCUCAACGCCCCUUCCUUCCUCUAUAAUCCUUGACUCAUUCCCACCUUCCCAAGCCUUCUUUAACCACUCAUUGAAUCCAGUUUUGGUCCCUAUGCUCAAUUUCUUGCAGUCCACAGGAUCAUAUCUCAUGCUCAAUAUCUACCCUUACUAUGAUUACAUGCAAGCAAAUGGUGUUAUACCACUGGAUUAUGCUCUAUUCGAGCCUCUUUCUUCAAAUAAAGAAGCGGUUGAUUCCAACACACUUCUCCACUACACCAAUGUGUUUGAUGCAGUGGUUGAUGCUGCAUAUUCUGCCAUGGCUUUUCUCAACUUUACUAACAUUCCAGUGGUGGUGACAGAAUCAGGCUGGCCUUCCAAAGGUGAUCCCAGUGAACCAGAUGCAACAUUAGAGAAUGCCAAUACUUAUAACAGCAAUCUGAUAAAACACGUGUUGAACAAGACUGGAACUCCCAAACGCCCUGGAAUGGCUGUUAGUACUUUCAUUUACGAGCUUUACAAUGAGGAUACGAAAGCUGGAUCAAUCUCAGAGAAAAACUGGGGAUUGUUUAAUGCCAAUGGUGUGCCUGUUUACAUUAUGCGCUUGACAGGAUCAGGAAAUGUGUUGUCCAAUGAUACAACAAACCAGACCUUCUGCACGGCCAAGGAAGGUGCUGAUAAAAAGAUGUUGCAGGCUGCACUUGACUGGGCUUGUGGUCCUGGCAAAGUGGACUGCUCAGCCUUGCUGCAGGGACAGCCCUGCUACGAGCCAGAUAAUGUGGUUGCUCAUGCAACUUAUGCUUUUGAUGCAUAUUAUCAUAAGAUGGGGAAGGCUGCUGGAUCAUGUGACUUCAAUGGGGUAGCUGCAAUUACAACUACAGAUCCAAGUCAUGGUUCCUGUGUGUUUACUGGAAGUUUGGGGAAGAAUGGCAACCUGGUUAAUGUUACUGCGCCAUCGUUGAAUUCCACUAGUUCAGGUUCUCCAGAAGACUAUUUUCACAGAAGCUCUUUUACGAGACUUGCGAUGAUGAUAGGGGUUGUUUUCUCCUUUGCGGCUUAUUUGUAGAAAGAUUGUAUGUUUGAAACACCUGCAGUUGUGAUCUCAUAAAUUUUGAGGUAGAGGCACAAGGGGUCCAGAUAGUUUUAGGGAAUUGGUCCUUCAAUUUUGUACAAAACAAGUCAAAGCAAAAUCUGCAUUGGUGUGUUGUUCCUAUUCUUUUAUGUCAUAAUCUUAUUUUCUUUUGUUGAUGGC